CAUCGCACAGUUGCACGAUUUGAAAUACCUGGAUAAACCGCGUGGGCGGAGCUUUCACAGAGCCCAACACCGCCCACUCCGAGUACACUGGAAAGCAAAGCAUGCACUCCUUAUUGUAGCUAACUGGCGGGUAGCAUUAGCUAGUUAACCUUAUGUUUGCGAGCGGACAGGAUGGAAAGCAGCGAUGGAAUGGAAGUGGAUAGCUGGGACUCCAAUCUCGAGGAAGAGCUGGGCAUUUCUUUGGAUGAGCUGAAGAAGUGGAUUGACGAUGCCGUGGACAAGAGUGAGAUUGUGCAGAAGAAAAAGGCUCAGCUGACAGAGCUAAAAGAAUGGGUAGAGAAGAAAGAAGAAGAGGAAGCGAUGACAGACAUGCUUCUUACCGAUGCCAACAAAUCCUUAUUAGAGUGUGAGAAGCUCGUGAAGGACACUUAUCAGAAGAACGGUCUUGUUUACCGAGAGAGCAGUUCAGAGGAUGAGGGGGGCGGAGGAGGCAAGUUGUUCUCUGAGGUCAUCGAGAUAGACGAUGAUGACGACGAUGAUGUCAUUGCUGUUGGCUGUUUGGUUCCUCCAAAGAUGCCUGUCACUCCUGGCAAAGAUCCAGUGUUAAAAGAGGUCUCCACAGCGCUACAGAAAGCCUCCCAGCAGGUGCAGAAGUUGGUCCAAAUUGUCAACAAGCCUUCACUAGGUGCUCCAUUGCUCCGAUCUCCAUCACAGCCUCCAUCCCAGUCAGCUACUCAGGCUUCAGUGCCAGCAGUGUUUGUAUCCCAGGUUCCAUCUCAGUCCAUGACCCAGCCCAACCCAAACGUAACAGAAGAUGAGCUCAGAGUUGGGAUGACCAUUCUGGGAAAGAAACGCACCAAGACAUGGCACAGAGGCGCCCUCGUUGCUAUUCACCCUGCCGGAAACGGCAUAUUCAAGUAUAAAGUGAAGUUUGAUAAAGGAAAGAGUCUGCUGUCUGGAAACCAUGUGGCUUUCGAGUAUAACCCCACCCUGGAGAUUCUGUAUGUCGGGGCACGUGUAGUCGCCAAGUACAAGGACGGCAACCUGGUGUGGCUCUAUGCUGGAAUAGUAGCAGAGAUGCCCAACAACAAAAAUCGUAUGAGGUUUUUGAUAUUCUUUGAUGAUGGCUAUGCUUCCUAUGUGACACUACCUGAGCUCCACCCAGUUUGCCGACCAUUAAAGCGUACCUGGGAGGACAUAGAGGAUGCAUCGUGUCGAGACUUCAUCGAGGAGUACAUCACUGCAUAUCCCAGCAGGCCAAUGGUGCUCCUGAAGGUUGGACAGAUCAUCAAGACAGAGUGGGAGGGAACUUGGUGGAGGAGCAAAGUGGAGGAGGUGGAUGGAAGCUUGGUCAAGAUCCUCUUUUUGGAUGACAAGAGGAGUGAGUGGAUUUAUAGAGGCUCUACCAGGUUGGAGCCAAUGUUCAACCUGAAGAUGACUACCGCCAACACCCAGGAGAAGAAGCUGGCUGGCCAGCAGCGGACACGACCCAACAUGGGGGCGUUGAGGAGUAAAGGCCCAGUAGUUCAAUACACCAGUGACGGACAAGUUGGUGCCUCUCCCGUCAAAACGCCGCAGGCCUCACCCAGCCAGCUUUCACAGACACCACAAUAUCAACAGCGUCCUCAGCCCGCACAGCCCCAACAAACCCCACAGCCCCAACAAACCCCACAGCCCCAACAAACCCCACAGCCCCAACAAACCCCACAGCCCCAACAAACCCAACAGCCCCAACAAACCCAACAGCCCCAACAAACCCAACAGACGCUUCAGCCUCCUCAGCCCCCACAGCUUCUACGUGUUGACAAUAAACAUCAGAUGGCAAAGAAGAGUACUUCUCCGUUUGUCCCUGGUGUGGGAGGCACUCAUGCCUCCAAGAUCAUGCAGUCUCUUUCCUCCAGUCCCAGCAACCUCUCUGGUGGAAGAAUGUUGAGUGUCCAAAAUAUUGCUCCGCCCACUUUCACACAACCGUAUCAGAGACUGCUGCCCUCUCUGGCUCCCGGCCCCGCUCCUAUAACCCACACGACAGCCAUUAUCCCACAUCAGUCCGCAUACCGUGCCCCGACGGACCGCAUCUUCUACCUGGCACACACUUGUCAGCCCGCCUGUCUGAAUCGCGUCCGACCUACAAGAUCAGACAUACACAGAGGAAAGAACCCCCUCCUCACACCUUUACUGUACGAUUUCAGACGCAUGACAGGACGACGCAAAGUCAACCGCAAGAUGUCCUUCCACGUGAUUUACAAGGCUCCAUGUGGACUUUGUCUACGUAACAUGGAAGAGAUCCAGCACUACCUCUUCCAGACUCGCUGUGACUUUAUAUUCUUAGAGAUGUUCUGUCUAGACCCCUACGUGCUCGUGGACCGGCCCUUCCAGCCACAGAGACCAGUCUAUUACAUUCCCGACAUCACUAGUGGACGGGAGGAUAUCCCACUCUCCUGCGUCAACGAGAUUGAUUCCACCCCGCCUCCUAAAGUAGCUUACAGUAAAGAGCGUAUUCCUGAAGAUGGAGUAUACAUUAACACCAGUCCAGACUUCCUGGUCGGGUGUGAUUGCACCGACGGCUGUCGAGACAAGUCGAAAUGCUCUUGCCACCAGCUGACCCUUCAGGCUACAGGUUGUACACCGGGGGCACAGAUCAACCCAAAUGCUGGAUAUUUCCACAAACGAUUAGAGGAGUGUCUCCCCACAGGGAUCUACGAGUGUAAUAAGCGGUGCAAAUGCUGUGCUCAGAUGUGCACCAACCGGUUGGUGCAGCACGGCCUGCAGGUGCGUCUCCAGCUCUUCAAGACCCAAAACAAAGGCUGGGGCAUCCGCUGUCUGGAUGACGUGGCCAAGGGCUCUUUUGUCUGCAUCUAUGCUGGUAAAAUCUUGACAGACGACUUUGCCGACAAAGAAGGUCUAGAGAUGGGCGAUGAGUAUUUUGCCAAUCUGGACCAUAUAGAGAGUGUGGAGAACUUCAAAGAGGGCUAUGAGAGUGAGGCUCACUGUUCGGACAGCGAGGGGAGCGGCGUGGACAUGUCAAGGUUAAAAAUCCAACCAUCCGCUUUAGUAUCAUCCAACCCUGUGGGGAGACCGCCCAAAAAGGGGGAGUCCAAGUCAAAAGCCCAAAGCCCAAGCUCAUCAGGAGACAGCAAUGACGAUGAUGACAAGGAUUCAAAAAGUGAAGAUGAAAGUGAUAGUUCAGAUGACACGUUUGUGAAGGAAAACUACUUCUCUUCUAGCUCUGUGUGGAGGAGCUACACCACACGUGGUCAGGCCAAGGGCAACAAGGAAGGGAGUCAAGACAGUAAAGAUGGAUUGAGUGCAUCAGCCAAAGGAACUGAUGACGAGAAGCCGCUGUCCAUGCCAGAGGAGAUGGGGAAAAACAAAGUGGCUUCCUGGCUCACCAGCCAGAGUCUGAAGAAGGAAUCUGGAGACAGUAAGAGCCAAGUGAAGUCAGAAACGGGGAAGAAACAGGAUGUGAUGACUGUUUCUGACAGUGAUGAUGUUCAGACCAUCAGCUCUGGAUCUGACGACAACAAGGAGAGAGAGAAAGUCCCCACGGGCAUGACUAAGAAGCAGGUAGCAGUGAAAUCUACACGCGGCAUCGCCCUAAAGACCGGCCACGGGAUGAUGGUGAAAACAGGUGCACCUGGAGGCGGGGGAGGGCCAGGGGGUCAGGGAGGAAAAACAGGACAGCAGAGGCAGUCUGGGGGAGGCGGGGACAACACCCUCAAAAGCACCCGUCUGUUCUUUGAUGGCGAGGAGUCCUGCUACAUCAUUGAUGCCAAGUUGGAAGGAAACCUUGGGCGUUACCUUAAUCACAGCUGUAGUCCUAACCUUUUUGUCCAGAAUGUGUUUGUGGACACACAUGACUUGAGGUUUCCCUGGGUGGCGUUUUUUGCCAGCAAGCGGAUCCGGGCCGGCACAGAGCUGACCUGGGACUACAACUAUGAGGUGGGCAGUGUGGAGGGCAAGGUGCUGCUCUGCUGCUGCGGAUCCACUGAGUGCAGAGGAAGACUGCUGUGAUCUGCAGCCAUCAUAGACUUCACUGCCUCUGCUGUAUGUGUAGGAAACUUAGAGAAGCCGUUUCAACACUGUAACUUUUUUUAUUUUGUAUUUUUAAGUUGAGCUAUGUCUUUUAUUACAGUUGUUAUGUUGCCCUUUUUUUAAUAUGAACAUGUUUCCUGAUUUGUCUCAUUUUAUCCAUGACAAUUUACUUUACAUCUUAAUAAAAUGCAACUUUCUUCAAUGAA